AUGUUGUGCCAGCCGGGGACCGACGUGGGUCUCAUCCUACUCCGUACUACCCUGUACCAUAACAUACCAUUCCCAUAUCAUACCAGCCGUAGCAGGAAUCAGCAGAACAGGAAGUUAUUGCUAGCGUCUCACAGCUCAUCAUGGACGACGAGAAUGAAGAAACAUGGCAAUCAGAAAAUCCAAACAUUCUUUUCUUCCUUACCUUCUGGUCUCUGCUUAAACUCAAUGUGUUCCUUGGGCGUUGGUACAUCAGCUCUGGAAUUAUUGGUAGUGCAUACGAGUGUCAUGGCCGUGGGUUGCUUCAAUCAGCUGUCGAUGUUACCUGGAGAGGACAAGAUCUCUUUUUGGGGUACUAACAGCUCACCCUCACCGCCGAACACCUCCGGCCUAUUUCAUUCUUGCUGGUCACCCAUUCCUAAUGCAUCCGAGUGUUUGCCGUCACCCUGGCAUUCCGUCUACAGUUGGAUUAGCGGCACAGAACAGGCAAGUCUUAAUUUUUCCAACGCUAAUUGGAGACAUUCUCUAAGUAUAGUCUUGAACCCCGAGGAAUGA